AUGUCCCUCCGUUUACACCAGGACUUGGUGGAUAAACCCACCACUCCACCUACUGGACUGAGUGCCGACACCGAUAUAUCAGUGACCGAGAAACAGACGGCCGCGGAGCCAGCCAACACACCCCCUCCGCCGCCUGAUGGCGGACUUGUCGCGUGGCUACAAGUCGUAGGAGCUUUCUUUCUGUUCUUCAACUCAUGGGGCCUGGUGAAUGCCUUCGGCGUCUUUCAGAGCUACUAUCAAUCAGAUCUCAUCCCCAGCUAUUCGUCUUCCUCCAUAACCUGGAUCGGCACAGUGCAAGGGUUCCUCCUUUUGCUGGUAGGCGUUGUCGUAGGGCCCAUCUUUGACAAAGGCUACCUCCGUAGCCUGGUUACCGUCGGGGCAUUCCUGGUGGUGUUUGGUCUGAUGAUGACCUCCUUGUCGACUAAAUACUACCAGCUCUUCCUAGCACAUGGAGUCACAGUGGGUAUUGGCUGCGCCUUUUUGUUCCUGCCCAGCAUUGCCAUUGUGGCCACCUAUUUUAGCUCCCAUCGCGCAGUCGCAACCGGCAUCACCGCGUCGGGUGGAAGUAUCGGCGCAGUGAUCUAUCCCAUCAUGUUCCACAAACUGAUCGACCAAGUCGGAUUUGGCUGGACGACGCGCAUCAUUGCCUUUGUGGCCCUGAUGGGUUUGAGCGUGUCACUACUGGUGUUGAAACGACGACUGCCUCCGGCUAAGCUGAGCCGAUCACUCCUCGACAUCGGCGCGUUGAAAGAACCUCCCUUCGUUGUGUUUGCUUUCGGCCUUUUCUUUUGCUUCGUGGGACUAUACUUCCCGUUCUUUUACUUGCAGAGUUACUUUGAAUUAUAUCUGCACGACGACAGCAGCCUGGCCUUUUACAUUUUCUCUGUGUUGAACGCCACCUCAGUCCUGGGCCGUAUCACCCCCGGUCUGCUUGCCGAUCGUGUCGGCGGACUCAACACCCUCAUCCCUAUUAGUCUUCUAGCAACUAUUCUGUCCUUUGUGUGGAUCGGUAUCCGUGAUGUGGCUGGAACCGUCGUCUUCGCAUGUUUCUACGGCUAUGCCUCUGGAGCAAUUGUCUCACUGCCGCCCUCCAUCCUCACGCGCAUGUCCCCCAAAAUGAGUGUUGUGGGCACACGGCUAGGCAUGACAUUCAUGUUUGCCGGGUGCGGAUUCCUUAUCGGCACCCCGAUCGCUUCCACCGUGUUAGAUUUGGCAAAAGCCGAGUUCUGGAAGGCGCAACUCUUCAGUGGUAUAUUUGUGGCAGCUGGGACAAUUUGCUUUGUGAUUUUGCGGGUGAUUUUGGUUAAGCAGGUGGAUGGGUGGAAGAUCUGA